AAACCGUUCUCAGUUUAAUCCUCUCGAGUCCUAACGUUUCGCGAUCUCUUACCUUUUCUUAUUAACUUUUCACGAAAAUAAGAUUAAUAACAACGAGAUUAGAAGAUCCUUCGUUACCGUAAUCAAGAAUAUGUGGCAUUGAUCGUAUCGUCGAUAAAAAGAAAGAGAUAAAAAUUCGUUUCACCGAAAGUUCCUAUUUCAUAUAUAUAUAUGCGCUACGUCAGGAAAACGAGCAAGAUCAUACAAUUGCAAUUUCGUACGUUUUUGCUCGGGACGCGUGACUAGCUGACGCGAAAAAGAAAAUCCUUAGGCGUUUAUCCUAGCGUAAGCGGAAUCGAGGAACUGGAGCUGAUACGUUGCUCGUCAUCCUCGACAGAGAAGAGGGAUUCGAAAAAAUGCGGCCACGUCUGUUCGUGCUCUUCCUCUUUCUGUCGGCUUCGUCGGCGGAACAACGGCGAACCGAUGCAACCACGGACGAUUGCCAGAACGAUCGGCCGUUCUUACUUCAUUAUUUUUCCUGGGCCGAUUACGCGGUUCUCGGCUCGAUGCUACUCAUUUCCUGCAUGAUCGGCACCUUCUACGGUUUCUUCGCGAAAAAGCAAGAAACCAGCGAGGAUUUUCUACUCGGUGGCUCCACCAUGGGCACUUUUCCCAUGGCCAUGUCCCUGGCCGCGAGUUUUAUCACGGCAAUCGAACUCCUUGGGAAUCCUGCGGAGAUGUACGCCCAGGGCACUCAAUUUUGGAUGACAUGCCUGGCAUUUAUUUUAGUGGUACCGAUCACUUCUUACCUCUAUCUGCCAGUUUACAUGAAGCUCAGAUUGACCUCGAGUUACGAGUACUUGAAUUUACGCUUCGAUCGACAUUGCAGAUUACUCGCAAGCGGAUUGUACAUGCUUCAAAUGAUUUUUUAUACGUCAGUCGCCGUUUACGCGCCGGCAUUAGCUUUAAGUCAUGUCACAGGCCUUAAUACUUACAUAGCCGUUACUCUAGUCUACUUAGUCUGCAUAUUUUACGCCUCACAGGGUGGCAUGAAAGCUGUCAUAAUGGCCGACACGUUUCAAGCAGCCGUUCUCCUAGGAUCUCUCUUCCUCAUUGUCGGCUUAGGAUUAUCCUGGGCAGGUGGGAGUUCGCUCGUCUGGGAAGACAAUCGUAAAAGCGGAAGAAUAGAGAUCUUCAAUAUGGAUCCGAGUCCAACGGUACGACACAGCUUUUGGAGCGUCGUCGUUGGUGGUACUUUCUAUUGGACCACCAUGUAUUGCAGUAAUCAGGCUUCCGUCCAAAAGUAUCUCAGCGUAGCGAACAUCUCCCAAGCCAGAACGGCUUUAUGGGUAUCCAGUUUCGGAAUGAUCGUAAUAUAUACGAUCAAUUUCUUAACGGGCAUGGUACUUUAUAGCGUUUACAAAGACUGCGAUCCGCUUUCGGCCGGCUACAUAACCGGCUCCGACCAAAUACUGCCCCUAUAUGUGAUGAAUCACUUGGGUAGCCUUCGCGGCAUGCCCGGUCUCUUCGUCGCCGGUAUCUUUGCGGCUUCUUUGGGAACGGUCGCAAGUGCUUUGAACUCCUUGGCCGCAAUCACGUGCGAGGAUGUUCUUCAAGGACUUUUCAAAAUGGAUUUACCGGCACGGAAGGGAGCAACUUAUGCCAGAUGGAUCAGUAUAUUCUUUGGCGUCUUCGGCUUCGCUCUCAUCUUCGUUGUGGAACGUCUUGGUAGCGUUCUCCAGGUGGCUCUAUCUUUCAAUGGUAUGGUGGGUGGAGUUACCCUGGGAUUAUUCUCUUUGGGGAUGUUCGUACCGUGGGCUAACGCUAAAGGAGCCAUGUCAGGUGCCAUCGUCGGUUUGACAAUAGUUCUAUGGAUCGGAUUAGGAGCUCAAGUUGCGAUAAUCAAUGGGCAGAUACAUUUGGGGAGUAAGCUUGUCUCGAUUGAGAGAUGUACCUGUUUAAACGGCACGAUACCGGCGACUAUGAAGUCGACCGAUAUACCCGAGGAGAGCGAGAUAUCAUCCGUUUACAGGACGAGCUAUCUCUGGUAUAGCGCUAUCGGUUGCGUUCUGACGAUGGCAGUUGGUUUCGUAGUCAGUCUCUUUACCGGUCUACAAAAUCCGGCCGAACUCGAUCAAGAUCUUCUCAGUCCACCGAUCGCAGCCAUAUUUCGCUUGCGAACGAAGACACGCAGAUCGAACAGGAACGUUCAAGGUGUUGCGAACUUUGGCUUGGAACUCGACGAUGAGAAAGCGGAUACUCGUAAGGGCCCAAAGUGAUCGGCUCCGUCUUAUUUCGAACGUUAACGCGAAGAUCACGGUCUUACGCGUACCGGUAAUAUUUGUAUAGAUUUUUUUGAUCGCGAGACGAGUCGCUCGUCGGGUCAUUGCUCGGUUACAGGGAUAACAUGUGGCUUGUUCGAACAUUUAUUAACAAAAGAGAGAGAGAGAGAGAGAGAGAGAGAGAGAGAGAGAGAGAGAGAGAGAGAGAGAGAGAGAGUGAGAGAGAGAAGAAAAAAGCAAGACUUUAGGAAUCUAGUGAUUUAUAAUCCGUUAUCGAGAAAGAUCUAACGAACUCUUGCGAUAACGCUAAGUGUAUCAUCUAACGAGUAGACUAUAUGUUAAGACGAAACGGUUGUACGAAUAGAUUUAAGUCGAUCGUUUCUUCGAUUUGACAGCCACGCUAAUAUUAUUUUUCGCUGACUAAUUUCAUCGUCGUUUUGCUAUUAUUAUUAUUAUUAUUAUUAUUAUUACUAUUAAUCUAUCAUUCUGCUGAUAUUGUUAUUCUCAUCGAUAUUAUUUAAAAUGAUCGGCAGGAUCGCGUAUUCUCUGGUAUAAACUCAGGUCGACGGGUAAAAAAUCUCCUCGAUAGAAUUUCUUCGUACUUUCCUUUUUAUUGAAAUUUUAAAAAGAAUAUGUAUUAUUCUUAUGCGAAAAGGCGCAAGAUUCUUAACCCUAUCCUCUAAUUUCCUCGCACAACUGAUUUUGAAAGAAAUAGCGAUGGAUUUCAGGUAUCAAGCGGAAAGAUAUCUUCACGGAAAGAUGAUGCCAAGUCGAUCGAUGCGCUCGUCGGAAACCAUCGACUUUGACAUAGAUUUUCGUUCUGUUCGUCGACUUGAUUUUGUUGUCGAUGUAUUCGAAAUGGACAAGAAAAUGAAAAAUACAGCUAUUAAAAGCUAUCGACCAUGGCUGUCCGUCUAUUUUAUAUUUUCCUUGUUCUUUCUUCAUGACUGCACCGGCAGAUUUUAGACCGUCAGAAUGUACGUCAGUUUGUUGAAUAAAUAACACGAUCAAGUA